AUGCAAUUUGACCAAGAGUUUGGCCCUUGGAGCAACGAUUAGAUUAGACCAAGAUCUCGUUAUAAUUACUAACAUGAGACUUCAUUAAAUAAAAAUAUAAGUGAAAUUAGAGUUGUUCAUAGGAUUUCUCAUUAGAUCAACUCUAUUAAGAGAUCUCAAUAUCCAAAACUUAAAAUAAAUAAUAUUUCCCCUCAAAUAAAUACUAAAAGAUCAUAAAACUAUGAAUCAGUCAAGAAAAGGGAAGAAUACUCAGAAUAACAUGUUUUACCUAAAUUAUUAGAAAAUAAGGCUUUAUUAUAGUUAAAAAUACCAAGGCAUAGACAUACAGAUAUGAAAGUGGUUUAAGAAAUAGAAAAAAUUAUUAGGAGAAAUCUAUUUUACAUUCCAACUCAUAAAUAUUCGAUUGUUGAUUGA